AUGGUGACACUGUUGGUGCUGAGGAUGAUUAGCGCUAUAACAAGGAAAACUCCUGUUAAAACCCUAAGUAAAAGGAGUAAAACCUUCAACGAAACAGCUGGUGGCGAAGGAGGUGGUGGUGCCAUAAAAUUGAUCACGAUCAACGUUCACAUUCGCUACUCGUUUACGAUGAUUACAAUUUCUCAAUACUUUCAUUUAGUUGACGAAUUGAGAAAUUGCACACGGAAGGUUUGGUCAACGUAUCCAAAGGAACUCAUAGAGCUUCUCAGAGAUUCGAUGGUGACACACUGA